CUCAAUUCUCUCUCUCCCACUGAAGUUUGGUGUUCAACGAUUUCUAUGAAACUUAGCAUUUGAGUUUUACUGCAACAAAAAUUUAAUUCGAUGGAGUUUCCGGAGCUUGGACCUCCAAAUGUUCCUUCUGGUGAUGCUGAUGAUCGUGAUGAGUCUCAUGAUGGAUAUACAACCGAGGAAGAUCCCAUUGAUGAACAGAAGCCGGAACCAUCAAGACAUGAGGUUGUGAUAGAUGCAAAGGAGAUGCUUGAGAAAGAAAAGAAGACCCAUCUUCCUUGGUCAACUAAUUGGAUACAAGAGAUGCUCGACUCGGCUAAUGAUCCAUCGGCUCAUUUCCCGUUGUUGGUGUCGGAUUCUGGUGGAGGGUCUUUUCAUUUUGAUGGCACCCAAUGGAGUCCUUCACCGGAGCAGACAAGAAUCCUGGAAAUGCUUUAUAGCGGUGGAUUGCGUUCCCCAACCGCGAUACAAAUCAACAAGAUAACUGAUCAGCUCAUUAAGUAUGGGAACAUCAAAGUUAUGGAUGUAUACUUAUGGUUCCAGGAGCAUAGAAACCAAGAGAGACAGGAGCAGACGUCGAGUAGCCUUAGCCCAAAAGGGAUUGAAGGACUGACGCAUAUUACAGAAACUCCGACAUCAUCCAGUAUUAGCAAACGCGGUAAGGGAAAAGCAGUUUCAACUCAAGAAAAAAGUGGAAAAAGAAAAGUGGUUAGCGAUAUGAUUAAAUUGAAUCUUUCUGUAGAUACCGGCGUUGUCAUCCCUAAGAAAAUUGAUCCCACACCACCUAGAGUUAGCAAGCGCACAGUUUCAGUUGAAGAAAAAAGUGGAAGAGGAAAAGUGGUUAGCAUGCCAUCGGAAAUGUCUGGUCCUGUAAGUCAAGAACAAGAAGGCAGUGGCAACUCUAGGUAUGAUAGCACUGGCAAACCGUUGCCAAUCAACUUCGAAAAACAAAGGGAGCAAAUUCCAACUGUCGAGGAAUGCAUUGAUGUCAGGGCAAACAUUAUCUUCCUCGAUAGAGACAAUUUAGAAGAGUCUAAUACUCAAAACCUGAGUCCUCAAGAAACUAGCUUACCAACAACAAUAUCUUCUUCUGCAAGUUCGACACAAGGGGAAGAGUCUCGACCUGAAGGUCAGAACAAUACAGGAAUUGAUCGUAAGAAGCGUAGGUGGUUUAAACUGUUCUCAUGGUGGCAGAAGAAAUGAUCUGUUUGGUGGAAAUCAAAAUUUGGGCCCUUUUCCACCCAGAAGAGGGCCAUAAAGUGCUACUGGCCAUUCUCCCACCCAAAAGAGGGCCGUAAAGUGAUACUGGCUAGCGCCUAUCUGAGGCGCUGUCGGAGGCACUGAAGUACUGAACGUUUUAGAUAAUGCAGCUGUGCAGAAAUUAAAAUUACCACUGUAGGGGGAACUGGGGAAGUACUAUUUAUUAUUGAACUAGUUUCAUUUUGCAUAAGAAAACUAGCGAUGCUAUUUUAGAUGUUGUACAAAACCCCUAUUAUCAGUAAAAUUCUGUGAGUUGAAUCUUGUU